AUGUUCUACACAAUGUAUCUUGAUGGCCUCUGCAAACGCCGACACUGGCCUCAGCCAAUGUUCCAACCAUCGGUCACUCGUCACGGCUAUACUUGUGUGGUCCGUGUCAACAACCGCGAAUAUAGCACAGACGGGCAACACUACACAACCGAAGCAUUGGCUCGUGACGCCGCUGCGACACGCGCCUAUAUGAUCUGCCGCAAUUUCUCUGUAAACGACGGCAUGUAUCCUGGACAGAAACCUGGCUCUGGCACUGCCCAGGGUCUACCUGUCGCCAUCGGCUCUGGCCGCAAAAACAUCAGCGUUUCCACCUCUUCCUCCAAUGAUCAGAGAAGGCGGCUUGGUGAACUAAGAGAAGAGGAUGAAGACGAGAACAGCAGUUGGACUUCUGGUGGCUCAAGCCCUAGAAGUGUCGAUUCUGCUGUUGCUGGAAUCAGGUCUGGCCAUGCUGGUGCUGGCAAAUCUCAUCAUGCCAGACAGACUACUUGUGCCUGUCGUCGUGCUCCGGUCUUGCAGCACUACCCUCGUUGCCAGUACUGUCUUCGCGAUGCUGGAUGGAUAACUUUCUAA